AUGAAAAUAUUCUUUUUUCUAUCUUUCUUUAUUUCCUCCUUUCCAUCUCUCUUUGUUUCCUUGUUUCCUUCUCUCUUUGUUUCCUCCUUUCCUUCUCUCUUUAUUUCCACCUUUCCCUCUUUCUUUAUUUCCACCUUUCCCUCUUUCUUUGUUUCCUCCUUUCUCUCUUUCUUUUUGUUUCCUCCUUUGCUUCUUUCUUUUUGUUUCCUCCUUUCCAUCUUUCUUUUUGUUUCCUCCUUUCCCUCUCUCUUUUUGUUUCCUCCUUUCCCUCUCUCUCUGUUUCCUCCUUUCCCUCUCUCUUUAUUUCCACCUUUCCAUCUCUCUUUGUUUCCUUCUUUCUUUGUUUCCUUCUUUCCUUCUCUCUUUGUUUCCUCCUUUCCCUCUCUCUCUGUUUCCGCUUUUCCCUCUUUCUUUAUUUCCUCCUUUCCAUCUCUCUUUGUUUCCUUCUUUCUUUGUUUCCUUCUUUCCUUCUCUCUUUGUUUCCUCCUUUCCCUCUUUCUUUGUUUCCUCCUUUCUCUCUUUCUUUUUGUUUCCUCCUUUCCCUCUCUCUUUUUGUUUCCUCCUGUCCCUCUCUCUCUGUUUCCUCCUUUCCAUCUCUCUUUAUUUCCACCUUUCCAUCUCUCUUUGUUUCCUUCUUUCUUUGUUUCCUUCUUUCCUUCUGUCUUUGUUUCCUCCUUUCCCUCUUUCUUUGUUUCCUCCUUUCUCUCUUUCUUUUUGUUUCCUCCUUUCCCUCUCUCUUUUUGUUUCCUCCUUUCCCUCUCUCUCUGUUUCCUCCUUUCCCUCUUUCUUUGUUUCCUCCUUCCCACUUUCUUAUUUUAA